AUGGAGGACCACGUCAAACAGGUGCUGCAGUCAUCAUCACCACACAAUCACAUAAACCUACAUCCAUUACGCACUCACACAAUCACAUAAACCUACAUCCAUUACGCACUCACACAAUCACAUAAACCUACAUCCAUUACGCACUCACACAAUCACAUAAACCUACAUCCAUUACGCACUCACACAAUCACAUAAACCUACAUCCAUUACACACUCACACAAUCACAUAAACCUACAUCCAUUACACACACACACACACACACACAAACACAUAAACCUACAUCCAUUACGCACUCACACAAUCACAUAAACCUACAUCCAUUACACACUCACACAAUCACACUAACCAUUUAUUUGUUGUGUUGGCUAUGAAGAAAGAUAAAUUAAGGUCGUUCACUCAGACCGUUUACCAUUGAAACAAAUUGUAAAUUCCUGUCUAAUUAAGGGGGCGGCUCUCCCAUAGACACCAAUGAGAUAGCAGCUGGGUCUGGUCUACUUCGGUCAUUGACUUCCAUUGAAACAGAAAAAAAUUGAGAGUGGAUGUCUCACUUCCUCUUCGCUCUCUGCUAUGAAUCAAUACUGAACAUCAAAAGGAUUCUAUGCAAGAUGUAGCCUAGCCAGUAUGUAAUGUUGAUUAUUAAAUGGUCAAAUCUGAUUGGCCGAGAGGCGUUCCGCGUUCGAAGUUGUUCUAAAAAGAGCCAGUUUGUAAUGUUCUGUGUAGUAUGUUAAAUUCCUCAAGUGUGUUAUGUUCCUCAUCGGCCCAACUGGUUUGCAAUGUGUGAUGGGAUUUGAGCAUCCUUUCUAUAUUGUUCUUAUCCUGUGGUCUUGCAGGCUAUUAGAAGCUUUGACAAGCUGCUCACCAGGAACCACUCGUUGCGUGAUGAGAUUGACCACUUGCAGCGCCAGAGAUGCACCUUAGCCCAUAUAUACCAGCGUCUGAGCAGAGAGCUGCUGUCCCAGCACAACUUCAUGGAAAACCUCGUGGAGAAGUCUGUCCUCGCCUACGACCAGAGGUCAGAGCCACAAACACUGUGUCUGUGUGUGCGUCUUAUGUUUUGAUUAAGUGUCUGUUUGUUGUGUGUUUGUGGUGUGGAGAAGCCUUUUCUUGCGCCUGCCCAGCUAAGAAAUGUGGUCUGUGUGUGUGUUCUAGGUCCGAGGCCCUGGCUCACAUGCUAGCUGUGAGGGAGCGUAGCAAGAAGGACACAUCCCUCUGCCACACUGAGACGACUGAGCUGAAGAGGGUCAUCGACCACGAGAUCAAACUCCGCAGCUUCAUGGUAAAGAAGUUCUAGGAGAGCGCCCCCAUGGGUGAGGACGAAGAGGCCAAAAAGAGAAGUACGUUCUAGAAUAUCAUGCUUAGCAUUAUAAAUCCUACAGUUGUUCAUUAAAUGUUUGAUUGUUUAGCAUAGAGGCUAGAGCCGCCCCUUCUUGAGCUACAUCAGCCUUAUUGAUCAAUGCUUCAUGGCAGUGUUUUGUCAUUGGUGCAGAGACCAAGUAGGCUCAGCGUGAGCGAAUGGGAGGAGAGAGUCUUGAGACGUACCAGACGGUGCACCGGCUGCUCGUGAAGGUGGGCAGCGACAGCGACCUGCGUCAGAUUGGCAGGAAUUUUGUGGAGAACGAGGAGAAGAGCUUUGUUUACUUCAACUACAUCAACGAGCUGAACAACAAUAGCACCAUGCUGAAGGACCGCAUCAACAAGCUCAGGGUCUAACACACACACACACAGGAUGGGAGUUCAUGUGUUGUAAACUUGUUAAACUAGACAAGUUCAAAGAAAACAUCUAAAUGAUAUAAUAUUUUUUCCCCCACCCCUCUAUACUGUUAGUAUUGUAAUGGCUCUAGCUGUGGCUAUACAGUAUGACUGUGUUCUCCUGCUCUCUCCACCACAGACUGAGAUCCUGCGCUUUGAGCUGGAGAACAAGCAGUAUGAUCAACAGUGGGAGGGCCAGCUCAAGGAGCUGGAGGUAAGGUUUUUGGAAGUUUGACUGUGCACAACUUAACACAGCUCUAAUGGGUCUGCUGAUGCUUCCUUGUGCAUUUAUCUGUCUGUUUUCCCCGACCAUGCCAAUCAGUUUCUCUCCCCUACAUCUCGUUUACUUUUUGUCUUUGGUCCCUCUCAGGGAGAACUGGAACAGCGUCGUGGCCUGGCCAAUAAUCUGGAGAGCCAGUAG